AUGAGAAUGCUAGCAUCUUUCAUCUACACAACAAUCCUCGCUGCAGGAGCCAUUGACGCUUUUUCCACUAAUACUGCUAGCAGCCACAUUCGCACCUCCACCCCAGUCGUAUUUUCCUCGGCUCCUUCCGAUUUGGAUUCCUCUUCUUCGUCAUCCCGAACCCUGGACGAUAUCAAGGAUGACCUGAUUCGGACUUGCAGUCGUUCCUCCAAGCCAUUGUUGGAUGAAGUUCGGACUAUCGUUAGAGAAUUGGAGGAAAAGGCGGAGGAUGUUGGGAUUGGCCAAGCCUCGGCCAUAUCGGGAUUGUUGGCUGGAGAAUGGGAAUUGGUGUAUUCUCCUGAAGAUGUUACUAGAUCGUCUCCUUUUUUCUGGGCCUUUCGACAGGCUUUUCCGGACCAAUCAGACGAGAUAUUUUCUAUUACAGAUGCCAUCCCGGCACCCCUUAAGGAAGUUGGUCCAGCAUAUCAAACAAUCGAGCUGAACGAUGCCGGGCGCGGAACAAUGACUGGGACCUUUGUGUCCCGUGUCAAGGUGGCAACCUUGGGUGGCUUGGCAACUUCCAUGAUGACUACAAGAGGUACGAUUACUGGCACCCAAGGUAUUGAUGCCAUCAAGAUCCGUGUCGAGACCACCAAACCGGAAGAUUCUACAGCUGUCAAGACCAUUUUUGGUCCACUGGGAGACACGAUCAAUGAGGCCUUGCCCCCCUUUCCAUCUGGUGAGACCUUGGAGCGAGUGAAGGAAGGCUCCUCCCUAGUAGUAAUGAAGACUACCUUUUGCGAUGAGGGCUUGCGCAUAAGUCGGAGCACUACAAAGUACGACGAUGUUUUCGUAUGGAGACGCAAGGGCUUUGCCAGUUCCGAGACUCUGUAG